AUGGCUUCCUCAAGUACCGCGCUCUCUAAGACGGCCAUCAACACCCUCCGCGGCGUCCUGUUCACAACCUCCCUCUCCGUCGUUCUGCUCGCUGAGGAACGCCGCCGCCGGAUCAAGAUUGCCCGUGCUGCUGUCGACAAUGCUCGAAAGAUCCAUGCCGCGAAGGCCAACCGCGGCGCCGAGGCUGCCGCAGCCAUCGAGCCUUUCGACCUAGAAGCUCACCUAGCCAGGCUGGACGGCGAAUCUUUCAUCAGACAGCCACGCGCGCAACGGAGCUUGCAUCGCCGAACAAAAGGAAAUGAAGCCGAGAUUUCAAGCGCCUCUAGCCUCGCCGUCGCCCCCACCGAAUCUCACCCUACCGCACUCGCUGCACCCCUCCGAAAUAUCCACGAUGAUUCCAUCCCCCUUACCCAUAUUGCCGAGGUCAUGGCCAAUACACGAGGGUUGGGCGAGCUUCCCACAAUCCGGCGUGCUGUAUUGUCAAGAAAAUCGCGAAGGAAAACGGAUCCUGUUGAAAAGAUUGCCAAGCUUGCGGCUGCGGGCCAGAUGACAAACGAAGCUUCAACACCUGCGCGCACCGUCACUAUUUCAAACCUCUCCGCAGAGACGAGCGCCGCGCUUCCCAGCCAUAGACUCGAAUACGAACAUCUCAUUGUCACCCCACGAGACAGCAAAGAAGCAUCUAUAGAAUACAACGACGCCGUGGCCGCUCUCAUCGAGGCCGCUCGAGCCCUACCAGAGAACCUCGACAACAGCGAAGAACAGUCGUCCGCCUUCAAAACAGCCGUGACAGCUCUGCAAGGAGUUAGUACCCAUGAUGGUACCCGGCGCUCAUUCCGAGAAAUACUCAAGGAUGUCGUCGUUAACCUGCUGAAGUACUCCGUGGAUCUGACGGCAGAUGAAAUGAGGGCAGUUUUGAAGGCGUCUCUUUUUCUUAAGCGAUCGAUUGUUACAAUUCUUACUCGAUUUCUGGCAUGGAUGGACAAACACAGACCAGAGGAUGCUACAGAGGUCGCAGGAAACAUCAUCGCCUUCUUUACACAACCAGAGCAGGCAUCUCUGUGGAAAGAUGGGCUGCUCGUUCAGGAGCUUAUCAAAGUACAAAGCGCCGACUCCGCCGAACUCGCCAUCAGAGAAUACACGAUGCUUAAAUCCGCGGGGCUUUUCGCGAAAAUGAGGACACCAGAGCAGGAAUAUGAUAUCAGAAGAGAGGCGGUCAUCGCAGCCUGCUCGACAGGACAAACGCGUUUCAUCGAUGCGGAGAUGAUUUUCCUGCGAAAAUUGAAAGGCAAUGACGUUGAGACGGACUUUGAACUGCAAGCUGCCCUGAUGACUCAACAAGUAGCCCUCGGCGUCUGCGAUACGGUUUUCGACUCACUACGAAACCUCGAGAAGUACAAGAAGUCUUCCUCGACAGAAUUUCAAGCACAUCUUCGACGCUUUACAGACCUUUUCGCGAAGGCGCAUGAUGCCGAUGAGCUGUGUCAAUGGCUUGAAUAUACCGCGGAAUCAUACAGCAUGACGGUGCGGACGGAAUGGGCAUUUGCGGUACUCAACGGGUAUGCUUGCUAUCACGACAUCAAAGGGAUGAUAUCUUGGCUCGAAUUUUGUCUCGCGCAUGGCCUGAAAGUCGAUUAUCAUUUUGCCAUGGAGUGGAAGAAGACAUGCCGGGGACACUUGCGUUUUAGCAAGGACAAUACGCAAAUUUUAUGGGAACGAAUGGAAAGGGCCAUUUUGCUACCGCAAAUGGGUGGUAAUGGCUACCAGGCCAAGCAACGGAAAGAUGAUUUGAGCAAGCGGAUGGCCGAGUUGAAUAAUGCAGGUCUGUGGGAGAAAGCGUGCCUUGUAUUUGAAGCUGCGCUGUCUAAGUCUCGAGACACUUGCGAAUCUAGCCUCGAAUUGGCGCUGGAGGCGCAUGUACAAGCAAAUGAGGGCAACGCAGAACCGGCCCUACGACUAUUGGAACGCGCACGCGGCUAUGGAAGAGACACUAAGAUCCCGCAGCAUCAUUUCCUUGCCAAGGAGAUCAAAAGCAAGCCAAUCCGCGAUAUCAAGGCUUUCCUUUUACUAGCCGUGGAAUGCGAGAGUGACAUCCCGGCGGAUAUUUAUACGCUUGCUGUAAAAAGAGUGGUGGAAAAGGACCUGUAUGCAGCACACGACAUUUUGCAACUGGGAGUCAAACAGCUUGGUCAUGGCAAGCUCGCAUACAACGGCUACUGCUUUGCGAAGCUGCUCUAUAUCCAUAUCGCGACUCAUCGAUAUGAUGCAGCACUGCGGCUGGUAUCCGAAUUUGUCUCUGACAAGCCGUUUUGGCAUGGAACUAGGCUAUGCAAGGAAAGCAUCAAGUUUGGCAUACGAGAGCUUACGAAACGAGCGGCCGCGAGGAUGGACGCGGGUAAUACCCCCGGGUCCGAGGGCAGCACACUGAACUGCGAGCUGCGGCUUACGGAACUGCUGCAGCAAGCACUGGAGCAGAAUGCUGAGAGCCGGCACGAGGUUGGAUACCAGACGAUGAUUUCCGACAUGAUUGUGCGGGCGGUAGAGGAGGCUACGAGAGAAAAAGAUGCCGCGGCAGCUCUAGAGUGGCAGAGAAAGAAGCUUGCAAAGCGAGCCACCAGAAGGACAUCGUCCAAUCCACGAGCAGUAACGUUGCGACAAGGCAGCAUCGCGCACAUCAGCAUAGAUGCAUAA